UACAGUAGCACCUACCUACACUUGCCCACGAAACUCAGCCACAGGGUCCAGUCCAACCAGCUUUUUCAACUUGCCUAGACGCAGGUGGUGAAGUCUCUGUGAAAAGUCCCGUCACUUCAUCCCCCACCAACAUUCACUGAGGAUUCUGACAGUCAGGACAUCUGGUCACCCUUUUGUAACGCUUAGUUCACUUCAAUCUCAGACAUCCGUCACAACCACCAUCAUGGCGAGAAGCUCAAGAUCCAGCGCAAAGAAGUUCAACAACCAGCGCAAAGCGGCAGAAAUCUUUGGCCCCGUCGAGUCUGCGCGCGCCGAGCGACUAUCCCAGCGUCUUCUCGACUUGGCCAAGCAGCCAAAGCCAGAGACAUCUGAUGUCGACAUGAACGUGGAGGAAGCGGCGGAGGACAAGACCACAGCAGACAAGACUGAGAAUGUCGAUGAGAAUGCCAUGGAGGUAGAGGCAUCUUCAAAGCCAUCAACAUCGCGCGUGAGCAAGCGUGGCGGCAUCGUCAAGAAGAGGCAAAAGAAGUCCAAGAUUGUCUUCCCCAAGUACACCGAUCGUGUUGGGAACAAGAAGAAGGCAAGCAAGUAAGAUUUGGGCGUCUACUACCUAAUUACAGUACCAAUCUCUCAUCACGAAGCUACGAUACCCUGAAAUUUCUUGAACAAUUCCUUAUCUUAUCACGGUGUAAAUAUCGUACAUCCUUAACGCGUGCAUGUGCUAUGUCGUCCACCAGCCUCAUGUGGCGCAUGUCUGUCAGCACCGGGCCGUGUGUCAACGAAAUAGACCAACGCCAAGGAAAAUGAACCCUUUCGACCUGC